AUGGCUUACAAGGCCGAAUACAAGACGACUUUCGAGCCUGGAAAGGUCAUUCAGCCCAUCUAUACUGGAGGAAGUGUCGCCCUCAGUCAGGAUGGUCGCAUUCUCGCAUCAUGUGUAGGAGAGGAUGCUCUUUUGAGUGAUCUGGCUACUGGGGAGCACUUGGCUAGAAUCGAAGGUGACGGUGAAUCCAUUACCACUCUGGCCAUGACUCCCGAUGCCUCGUACCUGGUCCUGUGUUCUCGCAACCUUUCCAUGCGCAUCUUCUCCUUACGGACAUCGCCAACGGCGGACAGAAGCAUAGACGCUACCCUCCUCCGAACCCUCAAGCCUCACACUGCUCCUGUUGUUGUCGCAGCAGUCGAUCCUACCUCUACUCUCCUGGCAACUGGUGGCGCCGAUGGUACCGUUAAGGUCUGGGAUAUCAAGGGAGGCUUCACCACACAUACUUUCCACGGACACAGCGGCAUCAUCUCUGCUCUCCAUUUCUUCCACGUCGAUCCUUCCGCAAGCGAAGCACAGAACAAGUCGCGCAAGAGAAAGAGCAGGUCCGGUGACGACGAGAAUGCUUCAGAGGCCACUGCUGGCUACAGGCUAGCAUCAGGAGGUGAAGACGGAAAAGUCAGAAUUUGGGAUCUUCACAAGCGCAAGCCCGUUGCCACUCUGGACUCGCACGUCUCGGUCGUCCGCAGUCUGGACUUCUCCUCUGAGCAACAACUUCUUCUUUCUGCCAGUAGAGAUAAGACGGUUAUCACAUGGGAUGCAAAGACAUGGCAGUCCAAGUUGACAGCGCCUAUCUUGGAGACGGUCGAGAGAGCUGGCUUCGUCGCAAACGGAGACUUUUUCUUUACUGGAGGAGAGAACGCAAGAGUUCGUAUUUGGGACAUGGCUGGUCACGAGAGAACAGAAGAGCAGGAGCCUGGAGUCGAGACUGAGGCCAUUCUGGACGUUAUUCACCACUCCGAUCUGCCCUUUUUGCUCUCCGUUCAUGUCGACAUGACACUGGUUUUGCACUCCCUGGAACCGCUCAUUCAGACAAACGUGGAUGUCUCUAUCCCUGCGCUGCCCAUCAUCCGCCGCAUUUCUGGCACACACGACGAGAUUAUCGAUAUGGCCUAUGUCGGCACAGACAACUCAAUGCUCGCUCUGGCAACAAACUUGGAAGACAUCCGUUUGAUCACCCUCAAUACUGAGAGCAAGAACGACGGAGGUAGCAUUGCGGAUGCUGCGUACUUUGGUGCAGACGUUGCUCUUCUCAAGGGUCACACCGACAUCAUCAUUACCAUCGACACUGACUGGUCAGGCCACUGGCUUGCAACUGGAGCCAAGGAUAACUCUGCGAAGCUGUGGCGUCUGGACCCUGCGAACGACUCUUACACCUGUUAUGCCACUUUCACUGGCCAUGCUGAGUCAAUCAGUGCCGUCGCUCUUCCCCAUUUCGUUCCUGUCGUCGGCUCCAACGCUCACAGCAAGCCUCUUGAACACCCUCCUACAUAUCUUAUCACUGGCAGUCAAGACAAGACCAUUAAGCGAUGGGACAUCAGCUCUGCCAAGUCUGGCUCAGAGGCACAAGCUGUUCGCGCAUCAUACACCCGCAAGGCUCACGACAAGGACAUUAACGCUAUCGACACCUCGUACUCCCAACAAGGCACCCUCUUCGCUUCAGCUUCGCAGGACCGUACAGUAAAGAUCUGGGACUUGGAGACUGGUGAGUCUGUUGGUGUACUCCGUGGCCACAAGCGCGGUGUCUGGUCUGUUGCAUUUGCUCCUCCUGGUACACCGGCUAUUGCGGGCGAUUCUGGAUCGAGCAGUGGCACAAGAGGCAUGGCUGUUACUGGUAGUGGUGACAAGACUGUCAAGAUCUGGAGUUUGAACGACUACACAUGUUUGCGAACAUUUGAAGGUCACACCAACAGUAUCCUCAAGACCAUCUGGCUUCCCAUCUCGAAGAACCCUGGAAAGCGCGGCGAGCGUAAUUUGCAAGUCGCCAGCGCAGCAGGUGAUGGUCUUGUCAAGGUCUGGGAUGCUCAGAGUGGUGAGUGUGCUGCUACACUUGACAACCACAUUGACAGAGUGUGGGCACUGGCCGUCAAGUCAAACCGAACCGGCACCAAGCCUACUUCGGCGGAAGACGAAGAGGAUGCACCCGAACCUCCCGUCGAGCUCAUCUCCGGUUCUGCAGACGCUACUCUCACAUUCUGGACUGACACCACAUUGAUGACGUCUCAAGCUUCGGCAACCAGAGCGACCGCUCGCGUAGAGCAAGACCAGGAGUUGCAGAACCACAUUCAGGCCAAGAACUACCGUGAAGCCAUCGUACUGGCCCUGCAACUCAACCACCCAAAGCGCUUACUCGACCUUUUCACUCGUGUUCUGGAGUCCGAAGACAAGGACGACGACAGCUUGAUGGGUGCCAAGGGUGUUGACGAGGUUUUGGCUACGUUGUCCGAAGAGCAGCUCUGGAAGCUCCUACUCAGAUGCCGUGACUGGAACGCCAACGCCCGCACCGCUCACGUCAGUCAACGUAUCCUAUAUGCCCUCUUCCGCAUAUACCCCAAGGAGAAGUUUGUUCAGCUAAGACGAAAGAGAGCACGCAAGCCUCCUGUCGCCGAAGAGGACGAGCUUGCCCAAGGUAUGGGUGCCCUUGAGGUCAAGGAGGACAUCAAGAAGAACGAGAACAUCAAGGAUGUGUUGGAAGGUCUCAAGGCAUACACAGAACGACACUACGGACGUUUGGAAAAGAUGGCCGAGGAAAGAUGGGUCUUGCUCUGGACUCUGCAGCAGAUGGAUUCAUGA